CCCCACCGUUACUAGUACCUGCCCAGGCCCUCCGGGCAUGUGACGGAAUUGGUGACGGUGAAGAUGUUCAUACCUUUUUUGGCAUUUCACACACCCACCAAAGCUUAUAUCGCUGAGGAUUACGGGCCCCGUCAUUUGACUACUUUAGAUGGUACCAAGGGUGGAGGCACAACAGGCACGAAGGUCGAGCGCAUCGCACGGCAGGUUGGUCCGCUUGUCGACCACGCGCGCUCCAAUAUCAAGAGCAACGAUGUUCAUGGUGUCACAAUAGUAUGUCUGGUCGAUAUCUUCGACAAAAUCCCAAGAUCGCGUCUGAAUGACGAGAGCAGCCGGAUGGUCGCGCAUUUCCGCACCACGUGGUAUCGCAAAGUCGAGGAAUGUAGCGCAGUCAGCCUGUGCGGAAAUCAAAUUUUAUGGACCCUGCAGUUCGAGUCGUUUCGGAGGUAAUCUCUGACUUUGUCAUAUUAACCAUGACCAGCCAAACGACAUCGUCCUGGCCGAGAUGGAGAAUUUUGAGGGUUUCGGGCAUCCACGUCAUUGGUUGAC